GGUUCGGCCUGGCCCUCCCCGGGGCGGUGCCGCGCAGAAGCGGCGGCGCGAUGGAGGGCGGCGGUGGAGCGUACGGGGCGGCAAAGGCCGGCGGAGCUUUCGACCUGGUCCGCUUCGUGCAGCAGCCGCAGGUCCUGGCGCGGAUCGCCAGUGCGGUUUUCGCCCUGAUCGUGUUCGCCUGCCUGGUGGGGGAGGGCUACACCAGCGAACCCAAGAACCCCCAGCUCUUCUGCAUCUUCAACCGCAAUGAGGAUGCCUGCCGCUACGGCAUCGGCAUCGGCGUCCUGGCCUUCCUCGCCUGCAUCUUCUUCUUCAUGGUGGACAUCUACUUCCCCCAGAUCAGCAACACCACCGACCGCAAGUACCUGGUGCUGGCGGAUCUCGGCUUCUCAGGUCUCUGGACCUUUCUCUGGUUCAUUGGAUUUUGUUUCUUGACCAACCAGUGGGCCUGGACAAAGGCUGAGGACGUGUUAAUUGGGGCUGAUUCAGCUCGUGCCGCCAUUACCUUCAGCUUCUUCUCCAUCUUCUCCUGGGGCCUCCUGAUCACCUUUGCCUACAAGAGGUACAAGAUGGGGGUGGAGGAUUUCAUACACAGCUACACUGACCCCACCCCCGAGGUUUCAACGCCCUACUCCAGCUACCCCAACAUCAGCCAUGACAGCUACCAGCAGCCGCCCUUCACCCAGACAGCAGAAGGCCCAGAGGGUUAUCAGCCCCCCCCUGUGUACUGAGCCCUGGCACAGCAGCCACGGCUCUGCCUGUGCAAUUCUCUUCUGUGGGGUGGGAGGGAGGGACCUGCAAUUCGAAGGGGAAGGUGGGGUGGGGAGGUGGUGGCUGCUUCGUGUGGGGGUCACCAGUCCUGGGGCACAGGAGGGAGGUGGUCCCAGUUAGUGGAGCUGAGCUCCCUGUGGCUGGUAGCAGCAGCCUGGUGCAUGGUAGGUGAUCUGCAAGUGAUUUGCAGCCUCUGAGCAUGGCUCCAAGGGGAAGUGCAGGGCUGGGGCAUGGUUUGUUCCCCAAAAGCCGUGCCCUGUGACUGCUGCCCCAGCCCAUCCUGGUACCAGUGCCUUUCUAGCCCCGCUGGCUGCACCCCAAGUGCUGGCUCUCACCAUUGCACAUGUGGGGGGGUGUCCAGCUCCUGCCUGCUGCUGGCUUUCCGUGCCUUCCCCCUCAGCUGCUGCCGGGUGAGCUUGAUGCCAAAGCCUGUAGUCUCCUGACUGUAAACUCCUGCUGUGCCUUUGCCACAGCCUGCACUAGAGCUGCCAGUGCCUGGGUGAUGUGGUUUGGGAUCUGUAGAAGUGGUGAGCAUGGGGCUGUGGCUGUUCCUGGUGCCCCAGGGAGGUCCUGAAGCACUGUCCCUGUGGGCUUGGCCCUCAGCCCCUCACCCCUGCAGAAGCAAGGCCCCCCUCCCAUCCCUGCACCCAGCUCCAUUGCGGCAUCGUGCCGCAGUCUCAGGUUGUGUUUUCUGCUGCACCUGUUGUGAAGCUGUUCCCCGCAGCUGCCUGGGUAUGUGAGCUGUCACUGCUGGGGCUGGCCUUCAAGUAGUUGUUUGUCACUGUAGAGAUGGAAUAAACUUUUUCACCAAGCC